CCGCGCCACCACACCAACCAACUCAAACGACCAUUUCUUCUAAUCCCUAGUACCCAAUCUUCUCCUCUCAAAUUUCGACCUCUGCUGAUCUCUCCCACGGGGGAUCUGGCUAGAUAACCAGAAACCAUGUUUCAUUCUCGCUUCACACCCCUAGCUCGCGCCGUCAAAUCCACGAAACCCCGCUUUUUCUCCUCCCUAGUCGAGGCCGCAAAACCCCAAUUCCCCCAAACUCUUGCUGGUCUCCGUGCCCGUUUAGCCUCCGAGUCCCCUUCCCUUUCCGACUUCACCGACCUCCAGUCUAAUAACUCCUACUCCGUUGAAGUGGGCACCAAGAAAAAACCCCUUCCGAAGCCCAAAUGGAUGAAGGAAGCAAUCCCCGGUGGCGAAAAGUACGUCCAGAUCAAGAAGAAGCUCAGGGAAUUGAAGUUGCAUACUGUUUGCGAGGAGGCUAAGUGUCCUAAUUUGGGUGAGUGCUGGUCUGGUGGCGAGACAGGAACUGCUACUGCCACCAUUAUGAUUCUUGGGGAUACCUGUACUCGUGGUUGCAGGUUUUGCAAUGUGAAGACAUCGCGUACUCCUCCUCCACCUGAUCCGGAUGAGCCUGUCAAUGUGGCCGAGGCAAUUGCAUCGUGGGGUUUGGAUUAUGUCGUUAUUACUAGUGUGGAUCGUGAUGAUUUGCUCGAUCAAGGGAGUGGUCAUUUUGCUCAGACUGUGCAAAAGCUGAAGGCUUUGAAGCCAAACAUGCUGAUAGAAGCAUUGGUUCCGGAUUUUCGAGGAGACCCUGGAUGUGUAGAGAAAGUUGCAAAAUCAGGAUUAGAUGUUUUUGCUCACAAUAUUGAGACAGUUGAAGAACUUCAAAGUGUUGUACGGGAUCGUCGUGCAAAUUUUAAGCAAUCUUUGGAUGUUUUAAUGAUGGCCAAAGAUCAUGCUUCCACUGGAACACUUACCAAGACUUCAAUAAUGUUAGGCUGUGGGGAAACACCUGAACAGGUUGUGAAAACAAUGGAGAAAGUGAGGGCAGCAGGUGUUGAUGUGAUGACUUUUGGCCAGUAUAUGAGACCAUCAAAGCGUCAUAUGCCAGUAUCUGAAUACAUUACCCCUGAGGCUUUUGAGAAGUACAGAACACUUGGCAUGGAAAUGGGAUUUCGGUAUGUGGCAUCAGGUCCCAUGGUCAGAUCAUCAUACAAGGCAGGCGAAUUUUAUAUCAAAUCCAUGAUAGAAUCAGAUCGGGCUGCAUCUUCACAACUUCCUAACUCUUGAUGAGGGCCUCUUUUUUUUUAUUAUCUUUUUAAUUUCCCUUACUUUUCCUUUCUCCUCCACAUCACAUGCUGGUCACUUUGUGUAUUGCUUGAUCAAUGUUUACGGAAGUACAAACUCAAUGGCUUUAGCUCA